AUGGCUGAAAUUACCCCAGAGAAGCAGGAGCUGUUUAUCUCUCAAGGAGCCAAUGGCACUUUGGACACAAGUCUGCUGGAAGAGUUCUUGGGUAAUGACUUCGAUUUGGGGGCCCUGCAACGCCAGCUCCCAGACACCCCACCCUAUUCUGCAUCAGACUCAUGCUCUCCUCCACAGGUCAAAGGUGCUUGCUACCAGACCCUGAAGCCUACAUCUGGGGGGACUCCAGCUACUUUUCUCCACUCCAAAGCUGCACCUGGGCUGCUGCCUGUGCACCCACUGCACAGCAUGUCUGGAAUGAGUGACUCUACUCAAACAAACAGCAACUUUCACAACUGCUACCCAAACACCAGCCACCCUGCCACCCCUCUGGACCAAACUGCAUCCUCCCAUCUGGGGAUAAGUUGUUCUUACCAGCAACCUUUGUGCCACGUCCCUGGAGCCUCAUUGCCUCCAACCAAGAAGAGAAAACACACAGACACAGUGGAAGACUCUGGGGACAGUCGAGUGUGGACCCACCCCUGCAGACCAAUGACAAGUAGGAGUCAUAACAGUGAUGUACAGGACAAUGACAGCAAGGGACAGAACGGGAUGCCUGUGGACCAGUGCUCUCUUGCUCUGAAGUGGCAGCCAUACUACAGUGUUCCUUGGCAUAGCUUAUUAAACAGUCAUUACGAAAAACUACCUGAUGUGGACUAUCGAGUUGUGACAGACAAAGGAUUUAAUUUCUCACCAGCAGAUGAAGCUUUUGUUUGCCAAAAGAAGAACCAUUUUCAGAUAACCAUCCACAUCCAAGUUUGGGGAAGUCCAAAAUUUGUUAAAACUCAAGUGGGCCUAAAGCCAAUAGAAAUGUUUUACUUGAAAGCUUUUGGAAUUAAGGCAGAAGCCACCAAUCAAAUAAUUGCUAUUGAACAAUCCCAGGCAGAUAGAAGCAAAAAGAUUUUCAAUCCUGUUAAAAUUGACCUACUGGCUGACCAGGUCACCAAAGUAACACUGGGACGAUUACACUUCAGUGAAACCACAGCAAACAACAUGAGAAAGAAGGGAAAACCAAAUCCUGACCAGAGAUACUUCAUGUUGGUGGUUGGACUGUAUGCUGCUAACCAAGACCAGUUCUAUCUGUUGUCUGCCCACAUCUCUGAAAGGAUCAUUGUAAGGGCCUCUAACCCUGGACAGUUUGAAAAUGACAGUGAUGCAUUAUGGCAGCGAGGACAAGUUCCAGAAUCUGUUGUCUGUCAUGGGCGAGUAGGAAUAAACACAGAUGCCCCAGACGAAGCCCUGGUUGUCUGUGGCAACAUGAAAGUGAUGGGGACAAUCAUGCAUCCUUCUGACAGCCGGGUAAAGCAGAAUAUCCAGGAGGUUGACACAAAUGAACAGCUGAGGAGAAUAGCCCAAAUGAGGAUCGUUGAAUACAACUACAAACCUGAAUUUGCAUCUGCAAUGGGAAUAAACACUGCCCACCAAACAGGAAUGAUUGCCCAGGAAGUACGAGAGAUCCUACCCAGAGCUGUAAGAGAGGUUGGUGAUGUCACCUGUGAAAGUGGAGAGACGCUGGAGAACUUCCUCAUGGUUGACAAGGACCAGAUCUUCAUGGAAAAUGUAGGGGCAGUGAAGCAGCUCUGCAAACUAACCAACAACCUUGAAGAAAGAAUAGAAGAGUUAGAAAUAUGGAACAGGAAUUUGGCCAGGCUAAAGCACCUCAGUAGAAGUUGGAAAUCUUCAACCAGCCAAGCAAGUUCAAUUAGCAAACUUAGCAGAGCUGUUAGUACAUCUUCUUCAAGAAGAACCAUUUCCCAAAAAAGCAACAAGGUUUCUUUUUCAGGAAAAAACCAGUCGUGUCCUAACUGGGUUUUCCAGACCUUGGUUAUAAGUCUAAUUGGUGUGAUGGCAUUUUGUGUCUUGACAAUAGUCACACUUUACAUACUUAGCUUAAAAGUUCAAGACCGGCAUGACUCAAAUCUCCCUCCAAGCAAUGUCACGAGCUCUAAGGAGCCAGCUCUGCCACCCACAGCCUCCCUCUCAGCACCUCAUCCAUCCCUGGCAACUACUCAGACAUCCUUCCAAGUACCUGAAGUUACUUUUUGUGAGAUCCUGCCAUGCCAGGAGACUUUCUGCUGCCCCAUCUGGGAAAUGAGAAGAAUCUUUUCAAGUCCUGUGCCAAGACAAUCGGAGGAGAAGGAAAUUCAUCAGAGACAAUGGGCAGAAUACAAAAGCAAAUCAUUCCCAGCAAGAAAUGUGCUCUUCAGCCCAGACUGGAGGAGUGACUGGAUCGAUACAAAAAUCAGUUCUAUUCAGAUUAUGGAAAUCCAGCAAAUAAUAGAUCAUCAGUACUGCAGUGAAAGGCUCCAGUGCGGGCCUGAACAUUAUAAUUACAAUAUUCCCGUUAAUAAGAACACACCCAACAAUGUCAAAUUCUCUCUGGAAAUCAACACAACAGAGCCACUGGUUGUCUUCCUGUGCAAAUACACCCUUGGGAAUAUAUGUUUCCAUAGUCAAAAGGAAACCAAAAAGAGUCAAAACCUUGGAGAUUUCUCCCAGGGGAUGACACAGGGAUAUCAGCACAUUUGGAGCCUCCCGGUGGCCCUGUUCUCUGAUAGCGCAUACCAUUUCCGUGUAGCCGUACCAGGCUUAGCUGACUGCUCAACGGAUUCUUUCUUCGCUGGAAUUUUCUUCACAGAUUACUUCUUUUAUUUCUAUCGACACUGUACUUAA